CUUAAACAAUUAACAAAUAACGGUUUUGUAAUUUUCUUCGAGUGCGGAGAUGGAAAAACGUCAUCGAGCACGCCUGCGUGCGAAUGAGCGCGCUUGCGCAUGUGCUCGAACACCAAAACAAAAACAGAAACAAAAAUGGAUAACGCGGGAAGUGAAAUGGUACAAACGGACGUAGAAGAUUUAGUUGUAGCUCUGCAACACAAUCUGAGACUUAAGUCUAGGAAAUGCCACUUGGUUUGUUCUAAACAAAAGAGAAUGUCUCCCUACAGGAUCCCUACCAAAACCAGCAGUAAACAAUCGUAUGGAAGUACAUCAUCGCCGGAUCCCGUACACGAGGUAUGUCGAACGAAAAUAAAGAAAACAGGAGGAACAACAGAUCCUUAUCAACUACUACAAGAGUUACUAAACGAAGGCUCGUUAGUGAAAGAAGCAGUUAGGAGAUUGCAACUAGGCCUUCAUUCAUCAGCCAGGACUAAAUGUUCCAAUUACUACGAUUGCGAAUUCGAUAGAAGUUGUAGUCAUUAAUGCACACUCAUUUUUCAUUAGUGUUUUGUGUAUUGUCUUUUAUCAGGUAUAAUUUUAUUCCAAGUCUCGUAGGAACUUAGAAGAAAUGCCUUUGUUCUCGAAGAUGGUACUGCAUUUUCGACGGUUGUUUAUCACCAUAUGCUAUUGUGGCAUAUUUAUUUAUGAUAUUUAGCAUCGUGUGUACCGAUUAAAAAACCGGUUGAGAGGACAAUGGCACAGAAUGUGUAAACAGAACAGCACUCCGUUAAUUGGACAUUGUUUUAAACGUUUAGAUCGCUUAUCUGCUGUUUAAAAAAAUAAAUAAUUGACAUUUAUGUACCUUAAUUUAAUGUGUUAAAUCAUAUUCGUUUUAAAUUUUAUACAAAACAAAAAAAAAUUUUAAGCUAAUCUUGAAAAUUUGAAUAUAGAGAAUUUAAAAAUUUUUUUAAAUGAAUGAAGUUAACGAGUUAAUUUUACAAAUAAUCAUUUGAUUGGAGACUCAGAUAUGGAUAGGAAUUUUAAUAUUCAGUAUUAAGGAAAAUUUUUUAUUGUUUUUUAAUUCAUUUUCUAUUAUUGUUUGUGGCAUUUUUGUUUUUUCAUGACUUCCUUCAUGCUUUGUGCAUAACUACCCUAUUUGGCUUUGUGAUUCCGCCAGUCUUUCGUUUGCUGUGUAUUUAUUUGCAUCUGGAAGGCUAGAGGUAAAUGUUAUCUUAACGGAUAGACGAAUACGGUCCCAAGGACGGUUAUGUUGACAGAAGGAGAAUUUUAUCAUUAUUAAAAUAUCUUGUUUUACUUAUGCAUAAUCGAAAAUGCUUAAUCAAAUGCUUUUUGAUUUUGUAUUAUUAUAAAAGUAUUUGUUUAGAAAGUUUAAGUGAAACAGCAUGUUUGAUUGUCAUGUUGAAAAUAGUUUAUGUGCAUGUUAAUAAAUUUAGUAAAAAUGUUUGAUAUGGACUUACAACACUGUUUCAGAAGUGAAAUCAUUGAUUAAUAUUAAUAAAAUAUAUCAUUUUAUUGAUUUAUAUAUGGUAGUAAUAAAAAAAAAUUUCAAAAAUUAGUUCUGUAGGUCAUAUUGUUUUAUUUGAAUUCUCUGUUUUCUGUUCUAUUUGUUUCCUAUUUCUUCUAAUCUCCAUAAUAUGCAUAAAAUUUGAUAAAUUUUCUUACUAUUAAAUAAAAUAAAUUUGUAAUCUUAUUUUAUAUCAUAAUUUAAACACUAAUUUUUAUGAAUUUAUUAUUUUUUCAUUCAGUAGUGAUUUCUUACAGUAAUUUUUAUAGAAUAAAAGAGCUUUACAUACCUGGUCAAGGAAUAAUUAACAUUUUUAUCCGAAUUAUGUGAUGCUAGAUAAAUAUUUAUUUAUCUUAUAUUUGUUGUAUGUGGUGUGCUUUUAAACCAUUGUCGUCAUUUUCUUCAAUCUGUUAAAAUUAUUAUUCGAGUCAGUUUUGUUUAUAUAAUUGUAAAAAAUGUUUUUAAGAGUAGUUAUAGUAAUAAUAAUAAUUUGUUUUUAUGUGAAUUUUUGACCUGUUGGAAAUUAGCCAAUUUGUAUAUUGACAUUCAUAUUAAAAGUAUAGUCAGAUUAGCAUUGCAGGUAACAUUUGCCAUAUUUUGUUGAUAAAGCAUCUUUAUAUAUGAAGUAUUCUGUAGAAGUAAAUCUUCAAUGGCUGUUGAAUAGUAUCUUUCUUUUGUGGAACAAUUCUUUUUGAUCCAGGUAAUGUACUUUGGGUACUGAAACUAUUUAUUGGUGCCACAAAUGAUGCCAUUCUGAAUAUCACUGCUACCAGGAACAGAAAAUGCUUGAUUUAAUUAUUGUAGAAUCUAUUAAUGGGAUUUAUAGGACCAACUAUAAAUAUUCAGUUUUAAAACUUGAUAGCAAUUUAAUGCUAUUUUAUUAUUGUUGUUGUUAUCAGCAUUAGUUUAUUUUCCAUUACUUUUUUGUAUUUUAUCAUUAUUUUCAUUGUACUGUCAAGAUUAAUGUUUAAUAGGAUUUGUUAUUAAUGGUAAACAAAGCAAUGUAAAUUGAGUUAAGUAGUAUUUUAAACUAUUUUACCAUAAAUUCAAGAAUUUUAGUGAACAUACAACAGAACUCAAUGGUUUGUAGUUAUCCAGUAUUUUCUUUAUUGCAUUAAGAUGUGGUAGAAAAAUUUUCAAUACUUGUUUAUAUUGAUGAUAUAAAUAUUACUGUUUAUGGUGACAGCUUGUUUUUUUCUUGUUUACUUACUACUAAAACAUAAACUAAAAUGCCAAUAUAUUCUCAAUAAAAAAAAAACUCACAAAAAAUAUUUAAAAGAUGUAGUUAUUUCUUCUCUAAAAAUUUCAUUAAUUGUAUAUUUUGUUUCAAAGAUAUUAAAAACAUAAAAUACUUUCUAAUUAAAAAAUUAAUGAUGAUUUAUAUUUGUGAUAUGAUGUUUAAGCAAGUAGUUGUGAUAAAUAAUAAUACGUUUAUCCUAUUUAGUGGGCUUAUAAACAGUCAACUAAGCCCAGAACUGUCUGCAUUUGUAUGAAUUGCUGUUAUGUUUAGCUGUUUGUUUAUAUUUAUUAAUUCUUUAAGAUCAUCUAAUUCUGUUAGUCAUUCAUAUGCAUUGUAUAUGCUUAUCUACAGUUCAAUUCUUUAUGUCAAAGAUGAUCUUGAAGAUUAAGCAAAGGAUAAUUUUCAGGAAUGCAAUGGAAAGAACAACAGAAAUAGAAAAUAAAUGAAAAGUUUUUAAAAUUAAGAUAUGUUGUCGUCGUUUUUUUUUAAAUAAAUUCUCACACACUUCGUGUAACAUGCCAAAGUUAAUUGUCUAAAGCACACUAAUAAAUAAUAUUACUUAAAGAUUGGCUUGUUUUCAAAGUAUAUAAUAGAUAUAUUGUAUCUGAGUAGAUAAGAAAUAAUGUAUACAAUCUUUAUAUAACUUCGGAAUAAUCAAAACAUCUGCAAUUU